AUGAUUGCCUUCCUUCCAAUCCUCGCCUUCGCGGCCACCAUUCUUGCGGCACCAGCACCAGCCCCUGAAACGCCUGUCCUCACUGUUCCAAACAUCCCAGGAUCCGCACCACCAGCUGCUACUACUUCAGCAGCUGCCGCUGUUCCAGAUCCUUCCAAAGUCACGAUUGAAUCAAUCUCCUAUGGUGGAACUGGAUGUCCCCAAGGAUCUGUUGGCUCUUUCAUCUCUGCGGAUCGCCUGACAUUCACACUCAUUUUUGACAGCUUCGUGGCAUCCAUUGGCCCAGGAGUCCCAGUGACUGCCAGCAGAAUCAACUGUCAGCUGAACAUCAACCUCAAGUAUCCAUCUGGUUUCCAGUACAGUGUCCUCGGUACCGAUUUCCGUGGUUACACUUAUCUCGAUGCUGGUGUCACUGGGGUUCAGUCUGCCAACUAUUACUUCUCUGGAUCUUCUACUCAAGCUGCGACAACGUCCACCUUCAAAGGUCCUCUCGACAGCGAUUACUUGAUUUCGGAUAAGAUUCCUUUCACUUCCACCAUCUGGUCUCCUUGCGGAGCUUCCCUCCCACUCAACGUUAACUCUCAAGUCCGCUUGAGCACCACCAAGUCGGGCGCCUCCGGACUCAUGACCCAGGACUCCAUCGACGGAAAGGUUACCUUCGUUGUUGGUGUUCAAUGGCAAGCAUGUUAG